ACGGGCUGGGAGCGGGGGCGGCGACAGCGACACACCUGGGAAAUCACAAAAACAAGCAACCGCGUUGUUGCGUUUUUAAUGGAAGUUGUCUCCACGAAGGACAUGCAUUAGGUUUCAGCUGCGGAAUAAGGCAGAAAAUGUACACUUCGGAGCGCAGGCGAAUGAGCCUGCGCGAACACAAGAGGAAAGAUCCAGUUUGGGUGUCCGCUGGAAGUUUGUGGCAGGAGUCUUCGGCUAUGGAGCUGAGCGCCAGCGGCUCGGAUAAACAGGUCGUUUCUCCACGGAGUCGGACCAGACCUGUAUCCGUGGCAUACAUUGUUAACAAGGACGCAACGGUGCCGCAAACUGAGGAGAACUUAUCCCUGAAAUGUCUGAAGGAAGCCUGCGCGGACGCGCACGCCGGUUUCCAAACAAUUUCAUUCGAGAGAAUAUCCCAAGGCACCACGGACAUUCUGGAUAGUUUCUACAAUGCAGAUGUAGCAGUGGUCGAGAUGAGUGAGUCCUUCUGCCAGCCUUCCCUUUUCUAUCACCUUGGAGUGAGAGAAAGUUUCAGCUUGACCAAUAACAUAAUCCUUUACUGUUACAAGCAAGAUAAUGAUCUACAGGCCGUCAAGGAGCAGUGUGGAAGUUACACGUUCAUCCCUUACGUAGUGUCACCUCAAGGCAAAGUGUUUGCCUGUGAUGCAACAAUCAUGACUGCGAUCAAAGAGUUGAUGCAGCCUAGUUUUCAGCUGGAGCCUCUGCUGACCCCGCUGGUGGAGACACUGGUGCAUUUGCUGAACAAUGUACAAAUUCAGUCCAGUGAGUACUUCCGGGAGUCAGUCAGGCAUGAGAUUCGUAUGGCACGGGAGAGGUUCAGCGGCCGAGCCCUGAGUGAGGAGUUAAGCAAUAUCCAGAAACGCCUGGACAGCGUAGAGCUGCUCACACCUGAUAUAGUCAUGAGCUUGCUGUUGUCCUACAGGGACAUUCAGGACUACGAUGCCAUAAUCAAACUGGUGGAAACUCUGAGCAACCUGCCCAUGUGUCUGGUAGCAAAACAUCAGAAUAUCAAGUUUAACUACAUAUUUGCUCUAAACAGGAGGAAUCAGCCUGGAGAUCGCGCUAAGGCUUUGGAGGCAAUUCUGCCUAUUGUGGAGUCGGGGGACAAAGUGGCGUCCGAUGUCUAUUGCCUGUGUGGACGGAUCUACAAAGACAUGUUCAUGAGCUCUGGGUUCACCGAUCAGCGCAGCAGAGAACAGUCCUGCUAUUGGUAUGGAAAAGCUUUUGAGCAGGAGCCAACUCUUCACUCAGGCAUCAACAACGUGGUCCUCUUGAUGGCAGCUGGCCAUGAAUUUGACACUUCUAUUGAGCUGCGCAAGAUAGGUGUGACUAUUAGCACCCUGCUCGGUAGAAAGGGCAGUUUGGAGAAGAUGAAGGACUACUGGGAUGUUGGCUUUUACCUCGGAGCAAACAUCCUCGCGAACGAACAUAGGAAAGUCAUCAUGGCCUCUGAUAAACUCUACAAGCUAAAGGCCCCUAUUUGGUAUGUGGCAUCCAUUAUGGAGACGUACAUCCUGUACCGUCAAUUUGCCAAGCUACCUGAGGUGAAAUCUCCUACACAGGACACUGUGGACUUCUGGAUGGAACUGCUUUUGCAGACCUGUAGACCCACUGACUCCACAGGCCGCUGCCCAGUGCUCAUUGUGGAGCCCAUCAAAGUCCUCCAACCAGCUAUUGUGUGUGUGAGCGAGGAGGACGAAAGUCGCACUGUCCAGUUGGAACAUGUCACAACCUUAAAGAAAGGCUUAUACCAGUGGACUUUCCCAGCCUCUGCAAUUCGUGGAGUGAGUGCUUCAAAGAUUGAUGAGCGGAGCUGCUUCCUGUAUGUCCACUACAACUCAGAUGACUUCCAGCUCUGCUUCCCCUCUGAGCUCCACUGUAAAGGUUUCUGCGAGCUGGUAAACUCUCUGCUUCAGGAGGCUGAACACCCCUCUCAGGACCUGAACCAUGAAGCUGAGGGAGUACUAGAGUACAUCUGUGAGACCAAUGAGAAUGGCGACAAAGUGAUUUUGGGCAAAGGGACGUACGGUGUGGUGUACGCUGGGAGGGACCUGAGCAACCAAGUUCGCAUCGCCAUCAAGGAAAUCCCUGAGAGGGACAGCAUGUACUCCCAACCUCUCCAUGAGGAGAUAGCUCUGCACAAAAGGCUAAAACACAGAAAUAUUGUCCAGUACCUGGGCUCUGUCAGUCAGGAUGGUUUCAUCAAGAUCUUCAUGGAGGAAGUACCUGGAGGAAGUUUGUCAUCUCUCCUGCGCUCCAAAUGGGGUCCCCUGAAAGACAACGAAGCCACCAUCAUCUUCUACACCAAACAGAUCCUCGAGGGGCUCAAAUACCUUCAUGACAAUCAGAUAGUCCACAGAGACAUUAAGGGUGACAAUGUAUUGGUCAACACCUACAGUGGAGUGUUGAAGAUCUCUGACUUUGGAACCUCCAAACGAUUAGCAGGGAUCAACCCCUGCACUGAGACCUUCACUGGAACUCUUCAGUACAUGGCCCCAGAGAUUAUCGACAAAGGGCCCCGGGGUUAUGGGAAGCCGGCUGAUAUCUGGUCCCUCGGGUGCACUAUUAUAGAAAUGGCAACUGGCAAACCACCCUUCCAUGAGCUGGGAAGUCCUCAGGCAGCCAUGUUCAAGGUGGGCAUGUUUAAGAUCCACCCCAAGGUUCCAGAAUGCAUGUCUAACGAGGCAAAGGGCUUCAUCAUGAACUGUUUUGUGCCGGACCCCGAUGACCGAGCCACAGCCACAGAGCUGCUGAAGGCGAGCUUCCUCAGGUCGUCCCCCAAGAAGAAGGCCAGGGCUCCGCAGGAAUCGGAACCUAAAGACCCUUCUCCUGCUGACUACCAACGCAGCCUGUCUGUACCCAUCUCCAUCCUUGUGGAGGACACCGAUUUAUACCCGGUUUCAAUCGACCUGUCCUGUUCCUUUGACUUCAGGCAGCGAAAGUCCACCCUCAUAGCAGAUGAAAUCUCUGAGAGCCCACCCAGCACCAACAGCCUCCUGUCAAUACCAGAGGACUUUUCAUCAGACAUGAGCAGUCCAUCCUCAACAGAUGAGAACGUUGGUCUUUUUAUGCUGAGAAAGGACAGUGAAAGGAGAGCCACACUGCACCGAGUCCUUACUGACUACAUCAGCGACGUCGUCUCUAAUAUACAAGAAUCUGUGCCUCAGCAUGGCGAGGGAUCAUCCAUAACUGCAGACCACAUCACCAAGUUCAUUAGCUGCCUGCGAGACAACAUCCGCUCCCCAGACAGAAGGCAGCUGACGAGGAGCUUGACGGAACUUCGAACCUCACUGCUCACUGCCGCAGUUUCACUGAACAGCCUGCAGGCGGUGCUGUUUAGCUUCCAAGAUGCAGUAAAGAAGGUGUUGAGGCAACAGCAAGUGAAACCUCACUGGAUGUUUGCUCUGGACAAUCUGCUGAGACAGGCAGUACAGGAUGCCAUCACUGUGCUCCUACCAGCGCUGAAACUCCAGCUGCAGUCCUCAUUUGAGACUGAGGACAGCACCCCUGAUGAGCAGUGUGCUGACCCAGACACUCCUGUAGUUAUUGUCCCUGACCAGGUGUUUGCGCCAGCUGACACGGAGCAGACGACAUCCAUAUAUGAGACCCCGCCAACAGUAAGCCCCAAUUCCCCUACAGACCUCGUCUUCAACAGCAACUGUCCCCUCAGUGAGCAACUGAGAGACCUACGAGUAAAGACCAAAAGACUGCUGAGUCAGCUGAAUGAAAAGGAGAGAGAGUAUCAGGAGCUAUUGAUGAACUGUGUCCAGAGUAAACAGGAAGAGAUUGAUGCAUUGAGGAAAGCCGCGGUCACUAAAGAUAAUCCAGAUGUGAAGGCUUUGGUGUGCUGGCUCGAGUCUGUCCCUGUAGACCAAGACACUAUCCAUAAGUUGGUCGCUCAUGAGUUCACCUUGGACUGUCUCUUCUACAUGGCCUCCAGGGAUGACUUGAUGUACUGUGGAAUAAGAGGUGGCAUGCUGUGUCGAAUCUGGGCAGCCAUCACAGCUCGCAGGAAGACCCAGCUCAGCACGCACAAUGAGGACAGCGAGGACACUCUUCUUUAAUGGCUGCUGAUGUUGUACAUCAAAGGACAGAUUUAUUGACGGGCUGGUCCUGUGUAAAUCAGGAUACAUAUUUGGUUACCUUGUUGUACUUUGAAUGUAUUUUCUUUAAAAGAUACCAUUUCUUAUUCGUUAUAGUGCAUGUAAAGUAGAAUGCACAAAUUUUCCCUUUUUAGAAGUCAGAUCUUGCCAGCAUUUUUUUAAAGUGCUCAUAUUAUGCUCAUUUUCAGGUUCAUAAUUGUAUUUAGAGGUUAUAUCAGAAU